GUAGAUACUGGGGCAGUACCAAGAAGAAUUGAUUAGAAACCUCAUCAAGAAGAUAUUCCAGUGCUCCCACCCCUUAGGGUGCUACCGUACUCUCAACGCGUUGUAGCACUCCUAAAAUGUUUUCAAAAAAUUUGAAAUAAAUUGAGUGAGUUAAUAAGAUAUGCGUUUAUCAUGUCACAAGGUUUCAAAUCCAAAUUCAUUACAUGCACGGAGAAACAAAAAAGACAAAUCCAGAUGUGAAUAGGUCGAAAAAAGACAAAAACACAAAAGACCAAAUUGCUGGCAUUAUUCAUGUAACCCACUCAAUUUAUUUCAAAAAAUUUGAAAAAAUAUUUAGAGGCGCCUUAAGGACGUGAGAACUGGAUAUCUUCUCAAACCCCCUCGCUCAAAUCCUACGGAACGACGAGUGGCGGCUCCCGACCUCGACUGGUCGGGCAAGAAAUCCCGAGCAAGCGCAGCUUCUCUGACCUUCGCCUCCCAAUCUCCGGCGAUAUCUUCUCCCACCGCCAGGCCCUCCACCGUACGCCGCUUGCUUGCAAGAAGCGAAACCCGCCGGCCGGGCUUCCCUACCCCGGGUCGGUGACCAAACAAAGCCUAAGCAUUUCUCGUUCCCAACACCUACACGGGAAUGGCGCCCGAACCCCAACCAGGCCCCUCCAGACACGGAACGACGAUUCAGGCCCCGCCGCCGGCCUCCGUGGAUGCCCCCAUCUACCGCGCCACCAUUCAGAAAUGCGUGGCGCUCCUCGAUUGGUGGCUGGUGAGGGGCCAAGACGACAAGAUCCGCGUCGCCGGGUACACCGAGAGGAAUCGUGCAGCUCGAGUAUUCACUUCUGAUUUCAUUACAAUGGGGCAUGCUGAUGGUACUCUUGAGACCGCAGAUCACAAAAUUGUAUUAACUAGGGGUCCAUUAAAUAUCAAGCAGAUGCAUCGUAAUGGAUUUCCAUAUGAGGUUUCUAAACACUUCCAACUUGGUUUUCCUGCUCAAUGGGAGAAAUAUGCUAAUUCAAACAUGAAACAGUCAAAACAUCAGGCACAAUCUCCAUCAAAAUCAAUUGAUAACAUAUGGAAGUUCUUGAGUUUUAUGAAAUAUAACUUUGAGGAGACUGAUUUCAACUCAUCUAAGGGGUCUACUGGUAAUACAGAUGGAACUCCUAUCCAAGGGCUUUCAAAUUUGUCUAAUGGAACACCAAGAUUUCAGGACUCAUCUGGCCCUGGACCUGGUGAAACAUGUAGUAGUGCCCAAGGAGAUAAUCAGCAUCAAGAUAUGCACCUAGAUGCAGAUGCAGGACAAGUACCAGCCAAAGGGAUGAGUCCAGAGUUCGGAGUCGUUCAAGGUUCAGAAGACAGUACAGGCAGGAGACUACGGAGUGGGAAGGUGUAUGGAAUGUCAACUUCAAGUAGUGCUUCAUUGAAGCGGGGGCGCUCCAAGAGGAAGACAAUUCAGCAUGACACACCCAAUAGGAAGAUAUUAAAUGAAGAGACAAUACUCCCUGUGGAUCCUACUAAUCAUGGAAAUGGUGGCUCACCAGUUACUCGAAGUAUCGCUGCAGCUAAGCUUCAAUCACCGCAUCCUUUCCAAAAAGGAAUGUGAAAGAGGCCGAGGAGCAGUGCAAACCGGGGCAUCAUUCUGUGCUGUUAGACUCCAGAACCGCGCAUGGAUAUGACAGCAGGAGCUUGUGAUGGUUUAUCUGUUGCUAGUGUAGGAUGUAGGAUGAACAUGCUACUGUUCUGCAGUUGUGUAAUGGGCGACAAAACAGUUAGUUAACAGUUAUUAUGCAGGCUAACUAUACGUCUUUACUACUA